GACAAGGUCCAAGGUGAAGUUCAACUGCAUACACGUUUCAGAGCCGAUAGUAGACGACUGUGGAUACAGACAGGUACCUAAGUGAUGGAUAUUCUAACCUUAUACUUUGAACAAAUCUUUAAGAUAUAGAAGGGGCCUUCAUGGCUUCAGAUCUCAUUUCAGCAUGUUCCACGAUUUAAAUUUUUAAGAAUAUCUUUCUGGGAGUUUACCGAUCGGAACAUGUCUAGUCAGAUAUCCAGUACGACCGGAUAUCUGACCCCAGUCUAAGGGAGGAGUGUAGGAAUCUGAGAACUUGUGCCUGCUCUGAGUUCACUAAUGCUUUGAGACAACACAAUCCAUUUGACGUCCACCAUCGCAGGGUCCACGAUGUCUAGUAAAGAACACAAUUUCACUUAGGAAGCUGUGCGACCUCCGAAUAACACUCGAGAAUCUGGUGACGAGUACGACCUGUUUUCUUGUUAGAGGUAAUAGACUUCUAAGGUGGAAGUGGUCCAACAAGAAGUAAAUGAUUGAUCUCAGAGAGAAAAGCUGUUUUAUAAAGGCAUGAAAUUUAUGUUUGAUAUAUUAUUAGUUCUCUCUUUCAUCAUUGUGCCAUCUUGAAAGGACGAUGACUCACGUAAGCAGUUCAGACGAGGACCGUCAGUUGACUAUCGAAGGACUAUCACAACUUUUGCACUAGUAAAUGCUUAAAAAAAAAUCUAAAAGAAACAAGUCUACUCUAGCAAAGUGAUAUCAUCUUCAGAUCUGGAUGAUGAUAUUGAAAACUCCCAUAAAAGAACCAUCAGUUGCCUCUCCAAGGUAUAUCAUAACUUUUUAGCUAGUAAAUGAUUUUUAAAAAAGCUAAAAGAAGCAAGUCUACUCUACCAAAGUGAUAUCAUCUUCAGAUCUGGAUGAUGAUAUUGAAAACUACCAUGAAAGGACAAUCUAUGAAAGAAACUGGAACACGUAAGUUUAAGACACUCAACGAUACAUCAUGCAUUGAAUGCAUCAGUAAGAAACACUGAGUAGGAUGAGAAGCUUAAACAUGCAAUGCGAAGACAUUCAGACUUCCCGCAUGGAAGAGCUAACAACCGACACAAGCUGUACUGAAGAUGAACACACGCAUUAUGACAGCAUGCUCGAAGACUUGACCGAACUCGGACAAUGACAAUGCGCACCCAAGGUCGCUAAUCACAGACACAAUUCACCAAGAAUUGAGUCAGAACCUUAAAUAAGACGAAUUCGCUUUCCCCCAGGUCAGCUUCUCCACAUCAGUGAUUCUGAUCAGCCGGACCGAAUGUUACGUACACUGAUUAGAAAGACUGAGGCUUUCAAAUCGAUUCAUACUGCUAGCUCGAAAGUGCCACUGGCAUUGCUUCUGGAGAAAAUCGUUCAAAAAUUUAUCAGCGGACCUGUGGCUUGAGAUUGAGGAUCCCAGCAGCACAGCCCAGCCCCCCAAAUGAAAUGAGCCAAAGCUGAAGGAGUAAUGCCCUCAAGAUUGUCCAAGUUGCAUUGAAGAUGUGAACGAUAAUCGACUGUUUAAGCGAUUGUUAUUCACAGGACAUUUCACGUGCUGGACACGCUCAUGAUACAGCAUCGCGAGUCCCUGCAAACUGUCUCUUUGUCAAUCACGGGGAGCAGCUACCUGAUGCCGAGGGUUAUUGAACUCAUAGGCGUCGAGAGCUCGAUUUGCCUGGAGCUGAUAUGUAUCACAACCCGAAAUUGCCCCGAAUGACGUGAGCCUGACAGCUACGAAUCAUACAAAGCUCACUGGGAGGAAAACGAUCGGUCGCUCUCCUGUGCUUUGAAAAUAUGCACGACGGGUUCGGGUGGCUGCCGAAUUAUUCCUCAAGCAGCUGCUUCCGCAUGUCAUGAACCUUCUAAUGACAACGACAGUCCAUGCCCGAUCCGCAACCAAAGUAUCUGAAAUGAACGCACGGCUAAACUGAUAGAAACUCAUUCGACGGAGGACGUAUAUCUCAGGCGGGAUCAGUCCACUCGUAAUUCAACCUCCUCAUGAUCGAGCGGCUUUUCAGUACAAUCCUUUUCAGCGUCUACUUCGCGAAAUGCGCUGAGCGAGAGGCGAGGUCCGAAUUUGCUUUUCCAUCGCUUUUCAUUGGCCUCUGAUCUAGAUAGAAAAGGUCGUUCGAGUCGAGGUCCUCAAGGAUAUGGCAGUGAUGCAACACCUCACGUCAGGAGAAGAGCACUCAUGCGCUACUUUACGCCGAGAUUCGAUCAUAGCGGAACGGUGUUUCCGAGUUCAUCUGAGAUUUGUGGUUACCACAUAUAGAAUGAGUCGCUCGCAGAAAGGAGGAAAAGCCAUGGAUGAAUGCAAUCGGCAGAUCGAGCCAGUCGGGGCGCGACACCGACCUAUCUGGUAGGCCCAUGCUCGCGGUCAGUGAGUGACUUUGUGGCCGAGCAGGCAUCCAUUCAUGUUGGACGAGCACGAGCAGCACCGGCGGCGGAAAGGAAUGGUGGAGCACACCGGGUGCUCGAUCAAGCGAUCCGAGCUUAUGAUCGCUGCGGGGAAGUGUGCGCCGAGUGCACGAAAACCUUCAAUUUGGGAACGAUGGCGAGAGGACGGACGAGCUAGACUGAAAGCCGAGCACGGCCACGGAUCGAUGGGAGAAGAAGGUGCUGGAGGACAUCUGCCGCAGGGCAGUCCUGCGAUUUGCAGGAUGCAGUUCCGCGAGAUGCUCGACGGGAUGCGGAUGGACUCAGUCAAGUCGCGCGCUACAGCAGUUUCCAUGAAUUAUGUCUCUACUGCUACGACGUGGCGGGCGCGGUGGGGAUCAUGAGUGCGUCUCAAUUAUUGGCAUCUCACCUGACUCGAAAGCAACACGCAAAGUGCGAACGAUUCCGACCUCGCUCUGGGACUCGCGAACCACCAGCUCACCCCCAUUCUGCGAGACGUGGGCGAAGGUGCUCGACGAAAUCGAGUGUAUCUGCCUCGGGACGAGCACGAGCCGUUUAGUCUGAGCGCUCUGAGGAUGAGGAUGAUUUCGCUGGUAGCGUGACCGAUCAGCGUCGAGCCUUCGUGAAGAAUCAGAGCAGACGAAGCUCAGACAGAUGUGAAGGAGCUUCAGAGGGACCCGGUGGCCCAUCUGGACGUCGCCGAUUUUGUACAGACAGAUUCUGGACGCCAUUGAAGCGAAGGAUUACGAAAAAUUUCUUUAAGCGUGCUUGUGUCGGCAAAGUCGGGAGGUUGGUGCUCGUCCCAGAAGAGCACGGGAAAGCUCUCGUUGGCUGUCCCUCCCUCACAGGAAUACCUGCCAUUGCUCCUCUCUCUGCAAAACGAAGCCUUGCCAGAGUUUAACAGGCAUGUCCUGUCUGGUCUCUGUUAAACUCUGUUAAGCCUUUGUAUUGUAGCCGGGGAUUGAAUCUUUACACAUUAGCCUCUCCCUCUGAAAUUUUCCUCGGCUAGUUCAGAUCACAAGCAGAUAUUUCUUUGUACACAGUCGUGGUUAUGCUGUUCAGUACAAGACUGUUGUCCCACAACCUUGGCUUCGGUGCUCGAGCUAGUGCAGACGAUGGAGACUAUCGUCGUCCCGGUACUCACAGGAAUAAAAGGACCUGAUUGAGGAAUUUCGUCAGACUAGAUGUCUACUUGCUGAAAUUUUCAUACUGACUACCCUUUUGACUAAAUUCUCAUCCUUGUCAAUCUUCAGUGCCCCAAUGAAGAUUUAGAAGGAUGAUAGUUUAGUCCUUCCGAUGUAGUCCAAGGCCAGCAGCCUGCACCAUGUCUCUAUCGGCUGUGGGUCCCAAACAGAAUCGUUUUUGGAAUUACUUUCACCCCCUCGAAAGUAACAUUAAUGUGAGACAUGUAACGCUGCUAGGAAGCAAUGUAAGAAGGUCAUGACGAUUGAACGAGCAAGAUCACAUAGUUAGAUUUCAAGGUCAACACGACAAAUCCGCCCCACUGACAGUCGUAGCUCAAACUAGCCUCUCCAUGUGCCGACGUUUUGUGAGCUAACAUCUAUUCUAGUAAUCAUUUGCCUGUCUUCGCUGCUGUGGUUAUCUCUUGUUCAUACUGGGCGAGUGUAAAAAUUCCAGUGUAGUUUAUCGUUCAGAAGGGGACAAUACGGAUUGUUCCGAAUCUGGGACUGGAAUGCAAUAUCAUGAUGGCAUGUGUUCUGGAUAUACAGAGCGCUUUGGGGAAAGGUUGACUUCGUGAUGUAUGAGAUCUAAUAUGUCAGGCAGGAGGUCCAAGUGGG